AUGCCACCUCCACUUGCCAAGGAUAAUACCAUGGUGUUGAUGUCAGAUUCCACACCACCGGAACAAAGCACACAGAGGGCGAGGCGUAGUAGCGAAUCGAUCAUUAGCCUGUCGGCGAUUAGCGAUUUUGCACACUCACACAUUGCCAACUGGUCUCCACCGGUACCCCUUACGCCUGAAUCGGAAGCUCUGCAGAGACUGAAAACAGAAUGGAAGCGGCAAGCUGGUGGACAGCCUGUGUCCGAUGGGCAUAGAUCCGAGAAGCAGCUUCUGAUCGCGGACUUGCAAAAUUUUGAAAUCUACCGCGCACCAGAGAGCGAGAAAAGAGCCUAUGAAAUGACUAGUCUACACUAUCUGGAGGUUCCCAUCACCAAAAAGCUAUGUUUUGACGGCUUCAUCUGCUUGGGAGGGACCAGGUACUAUGUGCAAGCUGUGCCAAUUCAGGAUAGCUCUGUUGAGGGCUAUGGAGAUGAGGAAUCCUCUAGGGUUAAAACUUACAUACAGUCCACACACGCAAGUAAAGAUACCGAGUACGACAUCUGGUACAGACUAGAAAAGUCUGCUCCUGGCUAUAGAGAGUUUCAGAAAUCGUUCCUUUGGGUGGCGCAGCUGGGAAAACAUAUCAUCGACUAUAUGGAGAGUCAACCUGCGGGCUUUGUCGGACUCAACGACUUCCGCGAGGACUUCCAUCAUUGGCUUACGCAUCGCUUCGCUCAUUGUGCAGAUUUCAAACAGUGGCAUGCUGCUUUUAGACACCGGACUGACUUUCGUGUUGGUGUAAACGCCUAUAUUGACUACUUCUACAAUCAGGCUUUCAACCUACCAAACUCUAAACAGCUGCUCGGCCACCCUCUUUGGGGCGAAUGUUUGGCCAAAGGUCUGACGGCUGUUGAAACCCAAGAGCAGGUCGUCGAGCAAACCAUCGCUACGCCUGAGGUUUUCAAUUGUUUCAAGGAUAUGUAUUUUGGUGGGAAAUUGCAGAAGAAACGUCCAAUAGACACUGUUCGUAUCGAACAGGAGCGUAGGAAACGCAUGCUCGGUUUUGCAAAAAGUCCAUCGGGGCGGCAAAUAAUAACGCCACUCUCCAGUGUCUGCCGACCGUACGGCAACUCGCCAGUGAGGGUUGGUGACGUUGUUGCACUGGUUCCGGACGAGAUAGACUUAACGGUUUGGCGCAAUACAGACUGGGACUGGCUAGCCUACGUUCAGGCUACGGAGCUGUUGAAGAACGGAACCCAGAAACUAUUUGUGUUAUGGGUAUAUCGACAUCAUGAGACGAACAUCUUCAAAGCGACGUAUCCCUACGAUAAUGAAGUCUUUCUGUCCGACAACUGCAACUGUACAGAAGGAGAGCUGCUGUCGACUGACAUCAAGGGAAGGUAUGAUGUGGAUUGGUCACCGUCUACGAUCGAUGCGAAGCGAUUCUUUAUCCGACAGACUUAUGUUACCCAAGAGAGCGCAUUUGUAAGCGUCCGGUCUUCGCACAAGACAUGCACGUGUCUAAAGACGAGGAACUCACCUAUAGGCCAAUAUCGCCGGGGCGAUACGGUCUACCUAGCAAAGACUAGGCAUCAAGAUCACAUCUUGGAUCCAGUCGUCAUUCAACACGUGGACCAAGCCAGCGAAAUAAUCACAGUGCGAAGACUAUUACGAUUCGAGCGCGACUGUAAAGAGUUGGCAACAAAGGUUGGGCGUCUCAACCUCGUGGCGAAUGAGCUUGUUCUUACCGACGAAUACGAGGAGGUGGCCAUAUCCCGCAUUCGGAGGCGCUGCUACAUCGAGUUCGUGUCCAAGGCCGAUAUCCUGAACGGCCGAAUACCAUUUAAGUACAAUCGUGGUGGCGCAGGUGAUCUUUGGUUCUUAGCCAUGGGGCUAAUCGCUAAGGGAGGAGAGCAGAACCUCGUCUUCCUGCGAAGCCUUCCAAACAGUUUCAACGAAGGCCCCGACAUGUACUCUCCUCAAAAUUUGAGAGGAAUGAGCCUAUUCAGUGGCGGUGGUUCUCUUGAUAGAGGUCUCGAAGAAGGCGGAGCAGUCACUUUCGACUCGGUUGUUGACUUCAGUCAGCAUGCGAUUCACACGCAGCGAGCAAACUCAAAGAGCCCGGAAACAAUGUGUCUGUUCUGUGGAUCUGUCGAUGAUCACUUCUCUGCAGCCCUCAAGGGUGACAAGUCGAAGCUCGUCUCUCGAGUUGGGAGUGUCGACUUCAUCGCUGCCGGAUCUCCAUGUCCAGGGUUCUCAGCUCUCCAGCAGAACUUUCUCAGUGAGAAGUCACUUCGUAACGCCUCGCAUAUCAGUACAUUUUGUUCUUACGUUGAUCUGUAUCGGCCUUUAUACGGUAUUCUCGAAAAUGUGGUCAACAUGGCGUCGACGCGCGUUGGUUACGAAGAUCAAAAUGUAUUGUCGCAGGUGGUUGCUUGUCUAGUCUCAAUGGGCUACCAGUGCAACCAGUACAUCAUGGAUGCAUGGAGUUACGGUAGCGCGCAACAACGCUCGCGCUUGAUCCUCACUAUAGCCGCUCCAGGUCUCGAACCGAUAGCGCAGCCGUGGCACACCCACGCAAGACCAUACGAGGAUACUGCUGGGAAGUGCCUUGGUCGCCUACCCAAUGGAGAGCGGUUUGGGGAACGGGAGCACUACCCAACGCCCUUUGCGUACAUAUCAGCAGCGACCGUGGGUGAUGGGUUGCCUGAUAUCGGAACCGGCAUAGUCCAGACCUGCAUACCUUUCCCGGAUCACAGAGUGCCAGGGCUACCUACACGUAAGAAAAGAGCUCUGGUAAAAUGUAUCCCUCGACUACCGCCAGGUUGUGGAUACAAAGAAGCUGAUCAACGCGGGCUUGUUCCGAAGCUCUUGAAAGAUCCAAGACAAGACAUUGGAAAAGCAUACCAGAGGAUUAAAGCAAACGGUCUGGUGCCUUGCAUUACAACGGGUUGCAGUAUCCGUGAUUCUCGCAACGGCGCUGUAUUGCAUUGGGACCAACACCGGACUAUCAGCGUGUUGGAAGCCCGUCGUACGCAAGGCUACACGGAUGAGGAACCCAUCAUCGGCAACCUCAUUGAGCAGUAUAAGAUUGUCGGCAAUGGAGUGGAUCGUAAGGUCGCUUUCGCGAUGGGUCUAGCUCUACUUCAGGCCGUCCAGAAGAUCGAGUUGGGUUUCACGGCAAACGGGACGGUGCAGACCGCUGCUGAGGUAGUCGAUUUCAUUAGCGAUACUACAAGCUACUCUGGGCAACAUUACGACUCUAAACCCGAGUUCAAAUCUAUCUCACGCGAGCUAAGACCUGUGUCAAAAGAACAACCUGCCCAGACCACUAGGCCGGCAGUGAUGAUACCUAGACGAUCGCGGACUGUCAAGAACACCAGGGACAAUAUAAGCGAUUCGGUGACAUCCAAGACGUGUGCAAAAGUAGCAGAUGGGGCUAAAAAUGAGUCUACACAGACUUCUCGGUCUUCACAGUCUCGUGGGUCCGACCAACGGAAACAUGGUUUCUUCUCCCGCAUUUCACAAACCCUCACAGCUGGCGUCGGCAGGCUUUCAUUAUCGAACAUGGCUUCUUCCAGACCGGCUACCAUACCGAUGGCUACGAAGCGCAAUCGAGACAACGAUUUGGAUGAUAUGACUACGAAAAGUGAGAGCGACCUUUCACGAGAGCGACCGAAGAAACAACUGCGCGUCAGCGAGACACCAACGGUAGACAGCAUGGCUUCCGACGAGGCGACAAAUAAUAGAGGGAAGUCAGUGUUCUCACAUCGGCAUAGUCGAGGAAGUUCAACAAGCUCGUCGACUAAGACUCGUCAGACCCGCCAUUCUGGAUUGUUGGUGGAAUUCGUUCCAAGAAAGUGGAAUAAGAGACCAGAGGUAGAGGUGCGUGAGUGUGGUUCGGAGAAGAGUUAG